AUGUCGAAUAAUCCUUGGGCUGAAGGAGGGAAUGACAGCGGAUGGGAGGAAGUUGGACCCCGCCGCAACGGACAGCCCGAUAAGACGAAUGAGCCAGUCCCUUCCAUUCUACGACCCGGCGGCGCUUUCGAUAAUGAAGAUGAACAGCAAGCCUGGGGAGAUGCGAGAGCACAGCCGAGUUUCCAGCAAAAUCCUCACGGAACUCCUGCUGCGCUACAACCAGGUGGUGAUAAAGCAGAAACAAACCCAUUUCUACGGAAGAAGGUCCCACAAAGACAGGAUCAACCACCGACGGAUUCUUUUGCGAAGCUAGGUCUCGAUAAAUCCAGCACAAAUCCAUGGCAGCCCGCCAUGGAUGCGCAAAAUGGUUCGCUACUACCAGCUCAACCAGCACCACAGAAUGGCUCGCUACUGCCACCGCAAACAGCACCACAACCGAUCCCGAACCUUAUGGAUGAUAACAUCGCCAGAGACAGAUGGACACCGACACCAGAACCUCUACCUGCAGGAUCACCAGGUAUGGUAUCGCAAUUGUCCGACAGAGACUCGCCCGGCUGGGAUGAGGACCCAUUAGGCAGGAACGACAAACCUCCUGCCCCGCCAAUGAAGGUCUCUGCAGGGGGUAUAGUAGAUGGAAAUAUAUGGGAUGAUUGGGGUAGCGCUGAUAAAGGAAAGGCCAAAGCUACAGAAGAAGCGCGACCAGGUUCGCCUGAUGACUGGAAUCUGAUAGAAUCAGAGCCUUCGACAAGUCCUACCAAAGAAGACGUACCGGAGAAGCCUCCCUUGCCGCCCAGACAACCAACGCUGCCGACAGAAGGCUCGUCUUGGAGACCUUCCAGAGAUCCAAUCGAUGGAAAGACCGAGACAUAUCAAAUUAAGAACAUACAAUGGCAUGACUCGAGCGCUUCACAGAAUCCACGAACAUCCCCGAUAUUGAUUCAAAACGCAAACGGGCCCUGCCCUCUUGUCGCUCUGGUCAACGCGCUCACACUGACAACGCCUGCUGAUAUCGAAGACACUGCACUUGUGCAGACUCUUCGAUCAAGGGAACAAGUCAGCUUAAAUCUGCUCCUGGAUGCUGUCUUUGAUGAGCUCAUGUCACCGAGACGUACCAGCUCUGAAGAUGCUCUACCAGAUGUUGGCGACUUGUACGCCUUUUUACAAAGCUUGCAUACUGGCAUGAAUGUUAAUCCGCGCUUCAUACCAACAGAAGGCAUAAAAGAGGCAUAUAAACGUACUUCGUUGACGCACCUUCAUCCUGCUGAACGAGGAGACUUGAUCCCAGGAACUUUCGAGAAUACAGCGGAAAUGGGCUUGUAUGCCACGUUUUCCAUUCCUCUGAUCCAUGGAUGGCUGCCACCAAAGAAUGACCAUGUAUACGAAGCGCUGGAACGACAAGCCGGAUCUUACGAAGACGUUCAGAAUCUGCUUUUCCGAGAAGAAGAGCUUGAACAGAAGUUAUCAGACCCUGACGGUGGUCUCAGCGAGUCUGAGCAGCAACUGUACCAAGACAUCAUGAUCAUCAAGGAGUUCUUGGAGAAUUCGGCUACUCAACUUACACCUUAUGGUAUCGAAGUUAUUGGCAAAGCCAUUAGGCCUGGUACUUUUGCCAUUCUCUUCCGAAAUGACCAUUUCAGCACUUUGUACUGCCAUCCUCAGUCCAUGCAACUCGUCACACUAGUGACGGAUGCGGGUUUCAAAUCUCAUGAUGAAAUUGUUUGGGAAACAUUGUCAGACAUUAAUGGAGGAAACACUGAAUAUCUUUCUGGGGACUUCAGAGUUAUUGGCUCAGGCGGCGCUGCUCCUUCGACAAGCGCGGGAAACUACUCCAGCAACGACGGUGGAGAAUGGACAACAGUACAAAAUAGACGCGGCAAAGCGCCAGAUGCUGAUGAAGCCCCAAUGAGUUCAAGUGCUGAGCAAGAAGAUCGGGAUUUGGCUCUUGCAUUACAACUACAAGAGGAGGAAGAGGAAAGACAUAGAGCAGAAGAGGCACGAAGACGAAGAGAGAGUAUGCUUUCGGAGCAAUUUAUUGAGCAACAAGCUCUUCAACCACCAAAUGCGACACGUGGCAAUCGCGGAGGCCGUGGAGGUCCAGGAGCAGCUCCAUCUGGUAGAGGUGCUCGAGGUGGAGGCGUCACUCGAGGUGCCAGUGGUCUCGUCCCAGGCCGCAAUAGUUCCGUCAGCGCGCCCACGACGAACAUGACCAACGCUCAGCCUAGAGUACCCGCCCAAAGAGUAAGAUCACUUAUCCCAGCUCAACCACCACGACCUGCAGUGUCAAGAGCACCCGAUGAAGCUACAGACGAUGCGCCGCCAUCCUAUGAGCAGUCGGCACACGACAGAACCUAUCAGCCGCCAGUGGGACACCCUACCCAUCCCAGCAGCAGUCCUACGAUUUCAAGACAGACAACGGCAGCGAGUGUCAAUUCUUCGAUACCGCCGGGGCACAGACCCUUUGGCCAGUUUGCGGGCAGACGGCCUUCGGGUCCAGGGGUAGGGGUAAAUGGCGGGCAGAGGGACAGGGACUGUGUUGUUAUGUAA